AAUGUCAAACGUCGAUAUACUCAUACCCUUAAGACGAAGAUUUGAAAAGCAAGAACCGUUGACAGGUUGGGAUCAUAAACUAAGUUUAGAAUGUACGAUGGACUUCUUCUCUAAAUAAGCAACAAUUAGCUAUUGAUGAUGAAUUGCAACAUUGUGUCGGCAUGACGGAAGAAACAUGCUAUGACAUCUUCUUAUUAUUAUUGAAGCAUGCUAGUCAGAAUGAAGGAUUGGAAGGAGAUAUAGCCUUGUACUGCCAUAGAAUUGCUGAUUUACACAAACAGAAUGUAUUUAAGCAUGAGAAUAGCAAUAUCUUCAUUACAUUACUUAACUUCAUAAAAAUGCUGUGCUACGAAAAAGAGGAGGUCAAUGAAAACGAAAAACAUCAAUUCAAUUUUGAUAUACCUUUCAAUAAUUCAGAGCGACUUUUCAGUUUGAUUGGGACUGGAAUUAAAGCUUGCGAGGUUAUUAUAUCAGAUGAAGAAGCGGUUGAUUUAAUUGCCAAUAAUGAAGUCGACAUGCUAUGUUGUAUAAUUCCAACAGUUAUUCAGUCUUGUAUGGCAAAUGUGGAUCAUAAAGCUGCAGAAUCUGUCAUUUUGGUAAGAUCACAAUCAUAAGGUUUUCAUUCCCUGUUCUCACUUCUGAACAUCAAAUAAUCACCAUUCUAUCUUU